AUGGGAUCACAAUGUUGUGGACCGAAAGUGAUAGAGAUUAUAUUGUACAUUUUUCAAGUCUUACUCUUGAUUACAGGAGUUGCAAUAUGUGUGCUGGGCUCUUGGAACUUCAUGAUAACUUUUCACUUUACAAGAGUGCUGGAUAACCAUGUAUUCACAUCUACUGUCUACUUAUUUUUAGUUGUGGGUUGUCUAGUCAUUUUAGUUUUCUUUUUAGGAUGCUGUGCAAUACCAAAACGAUGGACUAAAUUAUUAUUUUGUUAUAUAAUUUUAUUGGUGGCAAUAUUCUUGUGUGAAGUGUUGAUAUGCAUACUGGCAUUUGUUUAUCAAGGAAACAUAGCAGAAGAUAUGAAAGUAAAUUUCAAAGAAACAAUAGUCAAUUCGUACAAAAGUGAUGAUUCAAAAACCGAUUCUAUUGACUACAUUCAAGAAAAUUUGCACUGUUGUGGAUCAUUCGGUUUUUAUGAUUGGUCUGCCAAUUCUUGGAUUCACAAUGAAACUGUCAAAAAUUUAGUACCUGAUUCCUGUUGCAAGACAAUUUCAUUUGAAUGUGGAUUUAGAGAUCAUCCUUCCAAUAUCAACGUGGAGGGAUGCAUGGAGAUAAUUAUAAAGGAAAUCCAAAUGAAUUUCUGGCUACUCUUUCUGAUAACUUUGGGACUGAGUGUGACACAUGUUAUUGGGAUAGUAUGUGGAAUAAUGCUCUUUUUGAAAUUAGAAUCUAAUAAGUUAGAUGAUAAUAAUUAUAGUCCACAAGGAGGAUCUGGAAAAGAAACGUUAUUGCCAGAAAGAGAGCAAUUCUUGUAA